ACAGUUUGGCUGACUUUAAAAUUUACAAUUUUAUCGACGAUUUUGUACUAGUGUUUUUUCAGAAUUUAUUGCUUAUUAAAAAUUUAUAUCCGUUUGGAUUAUUUUGAUAAAUUUAUGUGCUAGUAGAAAUGUUGAUAGGACGAGUGUCUGAGGGCAAAGAGACAAAAGGGAUUGGAGAAGAAGGCGAUAGACACAACCCUUGCCAUGAAUACGAAACUGCUAAUGAAUUAUACGAUAUAAUGGCUGAAAAUCAUCGCUACCAUGCCAGCAAUGAAACUCUAACAGCAAGUGACUUAGUAAUAUUGUAUAAAAACCUAGAUAUCGGCACAAAACUUAUGACUGAGGCAAAGUAUUCCCAAACAAAACCAUCUAACCAAUAUGUGGAGACCGUCAUAUACAAUGAUGAUCAAGAUACCGAUGAUUCUGACAUUGGUGAAAUUUAUAGCACUGAAGAUAUACGGAAUAUUAUGAUGAUAAAUAAAGAAAGAAUAGAUUUGAUAAACAACACAUCGUCUUAUGAAACUAAUCUUUGUCAAAAAUUUGGUAAUGUUGCUAUGAAUUCGAGUAAUUUAACAUCGUCUUAUAAUGAAAAUCUCCUUUUUAAGGACCCAUUUAUUAAAGAUCAGUUAAAUAGUUUCAUUCCUGAAAAUUAUAAUACUAAUAUCCUACCAACGUCAUUGCUCGACUACAUUUGCUGUAAAAGGCUAGAAGACAAUUACAAUUUUUACAUGGAUAGCGUUAUCACAUAUGUGAAACAUACAAUAGAACAUCUUAGGAGAAUCAGCAAUGGGGAUUACUUAACGGAUAAAGCAAAGAAGAAAUGGAGAGAGGUUGUAGAUCCUGUUUGUAAGGGACAAGAUGACGAUAAAAACAUUUUAGCAAAUUCAAUUAGCAUCCCUUUAAAUGUUACGCCAAAGUUGAAUGGUCUUAAUAGAAUGUGGGAGGAUACAGUACACUCUGAAGUAGAUGUGAGAUCCCUCUCCAAGUUAUUGGAGAAAAGAAUUGUACUUGAAAUUCCAAAAUUAAUUUGUGGAACUUAUAAGUUAUUUAGUCAACAAUAUAAUGACAAUUUGAUAAUCCAUUGCAAAAAGGAAACUCAAUCUGUCAAUAACGACACGCAGUCACGUGUUGAUAUUGUAUUAAAAAUAAAAAAAUCUGAUUCAGGGCAUGUUAUAAGUAAACUGGACUCUAUCAUGAUUUUACAAACUUUACCUCAGACGUCUAUCGAAGAUUGUAUAGCAACUGAACCUUUAGCAAUAAUGUACAAUCCUCCUGAUCAUAUGAAAGAGGAUUCACCUAAAAUAAUGGAAUUAAAUGAAGAUGAUGAAGAAAGCAAAGAAACUAUGUAUGAAUCAAACAUGUUUACCAAUAAAUCGCAAGAAACCUUUGAAGAUUCACUGAUUGGUACCGACACUGAUAUGAGUAGCAUUUCGCCACAAUGUAGGAAUCAAGAUUUUGCUGACACGUUUAUUUCACACAAAACUAUUAUUGAUACUAAGACGUAUAGCGAUGAACAGACUGAAGCAAAUUUGUGUAUUACAACACCAAACGAAUUAUAUUGCACUCUACAACGUUUAUCUAUGAACUCUCCGGUACCAGAAGAAAGUGAAAUCCCAAUUAAGAAGAAAAAGUCAGCUUCGAAAAUUCGAAUCAAAUCUCCAUAUGAAAAUGCAUCCCAUGCAAUGGAAGAGAAGAAAAGAAAGAGACUUCUUGAAAUACGCGAGAGACGGGAAAAUAAGAAAAAAGCUUUGAGUGAACAUUGUAAAAUAUCGAAACACAAAUAUAACAAAGGAGCUGUUAUGGCUCGAGCAUCAAGUUCAGUUACGAAACUAUCAAUUACUAAUAAAUCUUUUUACAACUCUAUAUACGGCCAAGCAAUGAAUAACGAAGUUAAAAGCAAAAAAGGUCGAAAGUUCAAUAAUGAAGACUUAAAAAUUGUUGUUGAUUUAGAUAGUUCUAAUGAAAAACCACAAAUAAAAUCUCCAAAAUUAGAUAAAAGUAAAGAUAAGAUAAUAUACGUCAAUCAUAGUUAUUAUCUUGAUCAUGCUGAUACUCAAGUGAUGCGCUUACAAAUGAAACAAAUGUCCGAAACUGACAAUACUGCGGGAGGCACUGCCCCUACAUCAGUAGCCUCAGAUGAUUUUAGCUCUAAUUUGAGCUUACUCAAAGACCUUAUUAGUCCAACAUUAACCAUUAAUAGUCCUGAUGAAAAAAACAAAUCCUCGCCGAAUUUCAAGCUUAUAAAUGAGGAAAUUGCGACCUUUAAAACGGAAACAGCGCCAAUUGAAUCCAGACAAAGCAUUACAAACAUAGUUCCUACUAAUACCCCAAAGGAAAUUAACUUAAGCGUUAAUAAAGAAUCGCCAAAACACCAGCCGACUUGUGCCCCUACAGUAGAAUGUCGAAAAAGUAUCGAUAAAAUUUAUAAUCUAAUCCAAAAACCUGCAAAAACUGACACAUCUCAAUUAGAUUCAGCAGAAAAACUAGAACUAAAUGUGGGAAGUAGCGAUGGUGAGGAUAAAUAUGAAGAAGGGUACCAUUGCACUCAAGCUAGUGAUAGUGGAACUAGUGUAAAACAUCAUUUAGCUUCAUCAAUUCCAAGCUGUUUUAGUUUCGAGAGAGCCAAUAAAGAUCAACAAAUUAAAAAGAAUGUUAUCAAAAAAAGUGAAAUACCCAUUUCAGUACACCCAAAAGUAACAAUUGAUAGCAAAAAUCAAGUUACACGAUCAAACGACGACAAAACAAAAAGAGAUCGAAGAAAGAUAAGUAGUCCUAUGCACAAAAUUGCUGAAAAUCCAUUAAAAGCUAUUUCUCAACUGCUACAUGAAUUUGAAAAUGUUCAAAAGAGCCGCCUUAAAAAUGAAUCCAAGACGAACAAAAAGCUUAAUUCAGAACAAAAGAAUAGCGGUCGACAAGUUACUUUCAAACGACCGCUUCACCAAGACCAACACCCUAAAGACAGUGAACAUGUUUCUCGAGUUUCAACUCCAAAAGAAAGAAAGUCACGACAUAAUAAUACAUUACUUCAAACUUCAAAAUUGUCAAACACCAAGACAUCUAUGGAUGAGAAAUUGAAUAGAAAAAAAGUUACGGAUAUAUUAGACGAAGUCAAAGAAGCUAGAGGUGAGGCGGUACGUGGACCACCAAAGACACAUUCAAGACUUGAUAGUUUAGCACAACCUAAGAAAUCUUAUAUUCAGUCUAAUAGUGAACAAUAUCAGAACCGAAAUGUGAGAAAUAUUUUAAAUAAACAACAAAGAGUUACAAAUAAUACAGUGGCUGAUAGAAGAGAAGCAUUUAACUUAAGACAAAAGCGAAGAUUAGAACUGUCUCAAAAACCACAUUCCGCCGUACCACCCCUAGGUUCUAGACGGUCGUCAAGUAGCAGCCCCGAUGGAAAUCAUAAACGUUCCCCAUUGCCAGCGACUGCACCGUCCCAUAAACAUACCAUACCAGAAGCGCCUAAAACAUUGAUUAAAAAGAUGGUCGCGGUGGAAUCGUAUGUAACUAACCAUUAUGGACGCAGUUCGCCGAUACGAGAUUUAAAAGAUUUCAUUGGGGCUCAAAAGUCCCGAGUACCGCUGAUACCAACUGAUCUUGAUAUAGGAUCUGUAACAUCAUCUCGGACCGCAGAGGAAUCUACUACGCUUGGAAAAAAAUUACAUUAUAUGAUUGAUACAAUGGUAAACACAGCUCUUCCUGCAUUAACUUCACUUAAUGAACAAAAAGAAAGAAGCAAAGAUGAUUUAAACGAAGCAUUUGUAGAAAAUAUGGACCAAUAUGACGAACUUAUAUCUAAUACCGAAUUCCCAAUUGAUAUCUUUGGAGAUAAAAGUAUCACUACAGCUGUAGCAAGUCUACCAAGGGAUAAUAAUCAUAAUGAAUCUAUUCGUAAUAGUAAUAUCGAUUUUAUGACAUACGAUAUUCAACCUUUCAAUUCCACAACAGAGUUACAGCGGCUAGAAAAUGCAUUAUACCGCCGAUUAUCAGCGGCUACAUUUCAAAAACGUCUGCGGAUUAAGAAUUUAACAUUAACGCCUAAACAUUCUUUGCAGCAAGUUUUUGUAUUACAUUCUGGUGAUGCUGGUUCCAUUGUUGUUAAAUCUACAUUAUCACAAAAAUUUACUAAAUCAAAGUCAAAAACUAAAACAGAACUGUAUACACCUACUCAUUCCAAAUCACUUAUUGAUUGGACAUUUGCAAACUUCCCGAAACAGUACGCAACAGUUGGCUAUGCUGUACCUAGUAUGUAUAAAAUAGAUAAUUCUCAAAAAACAGCUGAGUCCGUAGAAGCUACAUCGGACAGUCAACAUUCCGAGGAAAAUCGAAGUAUUAAAUCUGACAUUAAAUCAAAUAAAAAUGAUCAAUGUUUUUACGAGUCCCCUGCACUUUUGGAAGAAGAGAAACGUGCACAAGUAAGCGGAGCAACUGUUGUUGUUGCUGAAAAAAAUUCUCUUCAAGACAAGUGUGACGAAAAACCAGAUCUAAGUUCACUAAAUGGUAGGGAACCUUCCAAAGUACAUCAGGAAAAUUUAAACGAAUCCAGUCUAAGUCUUAUUUCGAGUAACAUAGAUACUACAUCUCUCGAUAUAUUAGUAGGUUUACUCAAUGAAAUUAAAAAUAUCACUUCUUGUCAAACGUACAUAACUAAAAAUGAACAUCGUGUUAAUGAUGAUGAAUAUAAAGAAUUAGAAUUCAUUUUGAAAAAUGCAAAAUUACAGGAAUAUUCAGUUGAACAUAGUCCCCAAGAUGCACUAUCUUUCGCCAAUUUAAAAGAUGUUGGAGAAAAUUGCAAUUUAUGUGCUUUAUUAACAAGUUCAAAUUCAGCUAAAUAUGGACCAUUGAUAAAUAGUACGCCCGUGCGAUCGGAUAAGGAAGUAAACGUAAACUUUUCUGGCAUUGAAUAUGUGCACACAUUCACUGAAGUACCUUCUCGAUUUUUUCCUAUUACAGUCCACCAUAGCACUAAUGUGACGAGCUCUCUCAUCGGUGUUAUCAGCGAACCCUCCGAACACUCUUUAUUUUCAGAUUAUCAAACACUUUAUUGCAAUUCUUCAACUAAAAGAAUUAUAGAACUACCUGAUAUUCCAUCGAAACCAUCACUGCAUGAAUUGAUACAGUCAGAAUCAAAAGUAACUAAUAAAACUAAAGAAAAUACAAAUCAACUUGUAAUGCGUGACAAUUCUGUAGUUCACUGCGAUUCAUCAGAUGUAAAGAGACGGAGAAAGGAAGUAAAAAAUGAUCUGUUAGAUUUUGAUCCCAUGUUAAAAAUGAAAAGAGAUGUUUUAGUAACUGUGUAUUCUAUUCUUGUAAUGACAGUAUUUGCUGCAUUGUCUUUCCCUGAAAUUUUAUAUAGCUACUAAAUAAUAAUUGUGUCCUGUUUUGUAUGAUACUUGUGUUAUUUAUUGUGUGGGUCUUGAAAAAUUUGAAGUGCGAUGUUGGUUGUGUUUUCAGUUUUAGGUUUCUGAAGAAAAUAAAGGAAUAGAGAUUU